GCGCAUGUUUCUGCGACGACGCACCGAAAGCACGAGGCACUCUAGGCGUAUACGCGAUUGUUUUUAACAUUCGGCGCUAAGUAAAUAAAAUGUUGGCUGAAAAUUCACGUUAUGUGAUUUGAAUUAUGCGACGCUAAGUGCAACACGCUGCAAUUUGUGUGUUCGGUCCUCUGUCACGUGUCCCCUGCCCCGUGGCAACACCUGUGCACCAGCGGGUUUCGAUGCCGUAGCUACAACUAGCGCUGAAAUCGUUACCACAUCCGUUUCCGGUUGCCGGCGUUGCACUUGAUGGAUUGUUCAAUUUCAAAUCAAAUCACAAUAUCCACAACACAUUGAGACUUAUGUGUGUCCCAUUGAGAGCAGCAACAUGUUGACAACACACCACCUGCAUCACUUGCAUCACCAUCGCGGCAGCACGGCGGUUGAGUUGGAUAAGAUAACUAAUUUGAAUACGCUCAUCGUGGAGAUCAACAGCCAUGUGGCGCUCUUUCGCGACAUGCUGAUACAUGUCGGCCAGGCCAAGGACUGCCCGGAGCUGCGCGAAAAGAUACGCAAACUGCGCCGCACCUGUGUGGAGGCAUUCAAGCACACGGCACAGAUACUCAUGCCGCAGGUCAAGAGCGCCAUGGCCGAUGGCAUACUCACCGACAAUCCGCACCUGGUGCUGCUCUUCUAUAUGGCUCAGCUGUUUCUACGUGAGCUUGUGAAAAGCUAUCGACUCAUACAAGUUGUACCCAUGGAUAUGUCUGGCUAUUAUGAGAAUCGUGCGGGCCCAUCAAAUUUGGGUAAUGUUAUAAGCCAAAUACUAUUGUGCAAGCAAUUCACGCCCGAUUUCAAUGAGGAGGAGCUGUGCAGCAUUACAAAGGACUCGCAGGACAUUGCCAUGCUGCUGUCCGAAAUGCAGGAGUAUAUGCCACAGCACGAGGCAUAUUUGGAACGCAAUGCGGCGCUGGAUACAAAUACUCCGUGGCCGGCAAAGCGACGUCAGAAUUAUAUAUGCAAGAACAUGAGCCUACUCUGCUGCGUGUCUCGCCCCAACUAUCUCUGAGAGGAGGCCGAAACUGUUUAAUCUUAAAUGUCACACACUCAUACACACACUACUUAUAUCAAUUACUAGUGUUUAAGUUAAGCCUAAAGCUAAACACACAUGUUAGAGCCUAAGUGUAAACAACUCAAUUAGCAGAAAGGUCAAAGGA